CUUCCGCUACUGCCACUACCACAGUGUCACUUUCAGCAGCUGCAGGAAGGAAGAAAUCCCAUCAGACAAUGGAGGGAAAGACAUCACAUGUAACCCCGCCUAGCUUUCACCAUUUCAAUUCUUCCUCCUCUUCAAUUCUAUUAAUCCUUCAUCAAAACCCUUGGUAACAUGAGAUGCUCCUUCCAGCCCUUAAUCACCACAUUCACCGCCGUCUCCCCAGCUCCCAACUUUUCUUCUCCCUCAAUCUCUCCACCCUCUCCAGCCACCGCCACCGUCUUCUACCCAUCGCCCCUCUCCAAUUCCAAAGCCAUCAAGCUGGCGAAGAGAACCCUUACGAUCUAAUUUGCGAGGAUCCUAUCCAAGUCUGCUCCGAUAUCUGGGUCCGCUCCUUCUCCCGCUCCCACCUCCACCCUUCUUUCCCUAACCUCACCGGCUUCCUCAAAAAGUUCGAUCUCUGGAUCCUCGCUUACCAGCGCUCCUGCGCUCAUCAAACGGGCUCCUUUCCUCCAAAAAACGCCAUCCACGUCUCAGAGCUUCGGUCCCUCCUAGCCCUAAGCCGCUCCGCUCUCUCCGGCCGUCAUCCCUGGGGUGCCACCACCCACCUCAUUCUCCGCUCUCCGAACGAUCCCCCCUCAAUCCAUCGAAUUUCCAAGCGCAAAUUUUACGCGCUUCUUGAAUCCUCCCCUCCUCCCUUCCAAGACCAUGUCCUCCAGGAACUUCUCCUUCUUGUGCUCGAGCCCGUUUUUGAACCCCGCUUCUCCUCAAAGUCGCACGCUUUUCGUCCGGGCCGCUCUCCCCACACUGUCAUUCGCACCAUUCGAUCCAACUUUGCCGGAUACCUUUGGUUCCUUAAGGCCGACCUCACCGAUGUGGCUGAUGAUUUUACGCCGGAACUUAUUGUGUCUUGCUUGGAGAAGGCGGUAGGAGAUCGAAAAGUGGUGGGGCUAGUCAAAUCUGCUCUGAGGACUCCCGUCAAGGUGGCUUCUGGUGGUGAAGGCAAGGUGCUCGACAAAUUGACUAAGAGGAGAAUGAAGCGGAAGAUGCUUAGGAAGAGCAGAAAGAAGAAGCUGCUGAAUGAGAACGAACCCAAGCCGGAUCCUUACUGGCUCAGGACUUUCUUCAGCUUUGCACCUGAAGAGGCUAACUGGGUUCCUAGAUACGGCCAUUGUGGUAUACUAAGCCCUUUGCUUGCCAACAUCUGCUUGAAUGAGCUAGAUAACUGGAUGGAAGAUAGAAUAGUGAAGUAUUUUCGUCCUUCGAAGCUUGAUUCCAUAUGGAAAGAGUCCAUGGAUGAUGGCUGCCAUAACCCUGCUUGGCCUGAGUUUGUGCCGUCAAGCGGGCGAGAAAAGACGAGGAGAAUGGAUUAUGUAAGAUAUGGUUCUUACAUCUUGGUUGGGAUUCGAGGACCAAGAGAAGAUGCUGUUGAGUUAAGAAAGGAUUUGAUAGAGUUUUGUGAGACAAGAUAUGGGUUGCGAUUGGAAAAUUCAAAAAUAGAGAUUGAGCAUAUUACAAGGGGAAUUCAGUUCUUGGAUCAUGUAAUCAGCAGGAGAGUUAUUUACCCCACACUGCAUUAUACGGCUACUGGUGGAAAUGUAGUAAGCAAAAAAGGCCUUGGGACAUUGCUCUCUGUUAAUGCAAGCCUGAAUCAGUGCAUCAGACAGUUCAGGAAGCUUGAGCUUGUUAAAGGAGAUAAAGACCCAGAGCCACUCCCUUGCACACCAAUGCUUUAUUCAGGCCAAGCUCAUACUAAUUCUCAGAUGAAUAAGUUGUUGGAAACCAUGGCUGAUUGGUAUAAAUAUGCAGAUAAUCGCAAGAAAAUAGUUGGAUUCUGUGCCUAUGUUAUAAGAAGUUCUAUUGCCAAACUUUAUGCUGCAAGGUAUAGAUUGAAAUCUAGAGCUAAGGUGUAUAAAAUUGCGUCGCGUGAUCUCAGCCGUCCACUGAGGGAGAGUACAAGAAAUGCCUCUCCGGAGUAUUCUGAUCUUUUAAGAAUGGGACUGGUUGAUGCCAUUGAUGGUGUGCAGUUUUCACACAUGGCACUGAUUCCAUCUUGUGAUUAUACACCAUUGCCUAAGAACUGGGUGCCUGAGCAUGAAUGGGUGUUAAGGGAGUACAUUAAACUUCAAGAUCCAAAGUUUUUUUGUGAACUUCGGAAGUCUGUAAAACAUCAGGAAUUGGGUGUACCUCAGGAUGAUAUGGCAAAGAUUGUUUGGAACUUUAAGGUUUGUGGAGUUUUUGGUAGGGAUAAUCAUGACAAUAAUAAGCAACUCGGCUGAAGCUUCCAAUUAUGGUAAACUUUUGGUCAAUGGACUAUAGUUUACAUGCUUGUACGUGGUAUAGAACCAACAUUAAUCAUAUUUGAAUUCACUUAUAUUUACUUUGACAUUCAUUUUUCUUUCAAAUUUGAACUACAAUUGUCCAAGUGGUCAAACAAGCUCAUCUUCUCUUAGGGCUCAUUUCUUUGCUUGAUGUUAUAAAUCAUGUUUUGAAAUAUAAUGAAAUUUUUCAUGUUUAA